CUGGUAACAAAUAAAUACCUAUCUGUUUGACGAGAUAAGAUCAUAAGUUAACAAAGCCUAACUCUGACAUUCUGUAAUUCUCUAUUGCCUAUGGCUCGCAAUAAACGUCAUUUCUUUUUCAAAGCUUAUAUUAACUCACUCUGUGAGUAAAAAGUUUGUACACGUUAUUUCUCCAACACCCAAUCUCCUCAUCAUAAUGAAAUUUCGCAAAAUUAUUUAAUUUACUUGAAAAAAAAUGUCAAAGAAAAUAAUUAAUCAAUUAGUUAAUUGAGGUGGUUGACGAGGCUUUUACCCUCGAGUUCCAAUUCAGGUUUUUCAACUUUUUAAAAAUAUUUUUUUAUUAUUUUUAAAAGCGAUCAUUCAGCUACCCCAUUCUUUUUCCUGCUCCACCAUCCCACCCUUUUCGCAACUGGUCCAAACAAGUGAUAGGAUAGUCAUAGAGUAUUAAGAAAGCUAAAAGAAUGAAACUUUUUUGCGCUAAACAAAAAACCAUUGGUAAAAAUAUAUGUAAUCGCAUAUAGGUAUUUAUUAUUGUUUGUCUAUAUUUAUUAAAAAUUUUAUUAUAUGACUGAUUCAAACUAAUUGAUGCAAAUACGCUUAAUAUAAGCUUUGUUUAAAAAGCAAAAACAUUAUUUUUAUGUCUUUACAAAGCUUACAUCAACUCACUCUGUCUGUGUGUCAGCCUGGCCAAAAGUUUCUACACAUUAUUUCUCCGACACUCUAUCUCGGAUCCAGCUGAAAUUUGCACAAUUAUUUGUGAGAGUGUGUGUUUAUAUGGAAAUGGUGGGAAGGGGUUGGCGAUUGGUUGUGAAUAACGCACCAUAGGUGGCAUUGUCCCUUGGUUCUAGUUAGGAGAGACGACUCCAGAACGUGAGACUGAAAGGUUGUGUUAUUUAAGAAAUAUUGGUAAGAGUAACUAAAUACUGAAUGUGGCGUUUUGUUUACAAACUGUAGUAUUUAGGAGUUAGUACGAACUGACCUCACAGAUACCUUCAAGGCCCUCCCCUCAACAUUCAUUAGAUCAUCCUCAUUGCCUGUCAGAGGGCGGUACUACUGCUGACCUACCAGACACCAGAAAAUUUCUCUGUAGAAUGUUAAAGGAAGGAACUUCGAUGAAUUUUGUUUCCCUUUAACGAAAUUCGACCCUGAAGCGCCAGAUAAUAAAUGCACAUUCGUUUCUAACAUAUAAAUAUACAGAUAGAUAGAUAGAUAGAUAGAUAGAUAGAUAGAUAGAUAGAUAGAUAGAUAGAUAGAUAGAUAGAUAGAUAGAUAGAUAGAUAGGUAUUCUCGUACAAUUAAUAGGUCUAGAUAUUAGUUGACACAUGUUGCCUGAUUGGUCCUUGCCCUUGCUUGUUGUAACACAUUUCAUUGAAAUAGGUCACUGGACUUAACUAGGUCAUAUGUUUUCUGUGAAAACCUAAGAUAUCGAAUCUUUUUUUCAGGAAAAGUGAUAGAGCUGUGACACUAGCAUUUUGACGUGUUUCACUUCGAUUUAUAUCUAUAUCGUUACUAUCAUCAACAUAUUGUACAUAAAGUUCUUGCUAUGGCUAAUGGUGGAAAGAUAACUGCAUUUGAAGGCCCAUUAAAUUCUGAAGAGAACAUACAUCAGCACAAAGAGAAGAACGUUAUUUUAAUUGUUGGUCGUUCUGGGAAUGGAAAGAGAUCUAUUGGAAAUUCUCUUCUAGGAGAGCCACCAUUUUUUGAGACAGAUUCUGAAGUAACAGAUGCAGAUAUCAAAGGACAUAAAAGAAUAGAAGAUGACUCCCCAACACGGAAAAUUAAAAAGAAAGCAUGAGGCAUGUAUACGAGAAAACUUUAUGUACCUGAAGGAGCAUUUGGCAGCCAAUAAAAUCGCAGAUUACUUGUUUCAAUAUAACGUGCUGACUCAAGACGACCAGGAGGAAAUCAGAAAUGAGAUUGCUAUUCUUGAGAAAAACGACUGCCUGCUAAAAAAGUUGCUGUGGUCUGGGCCUUGCAACGGAUUUGACAGCUUCAUGACAUGUUUGCAGAAAUAUCAGCCGCCAGUUUAUGAUCGUCUGACUAAAUGUUUGAAAUCGCAAAGUGGAAGGCGAGGUCGACUCAACGUGCUUUUCUCACGCAAACAAAAGUGUAAGACAAAGCUUCAAGCUUCAGAUGAUUGUCAAGAUCUAUGCUCUUGUAAUUUAGAAAUCCUUCUGAAUGACUUGAAACCUUUGUUACAACAGAAGGAUCGAAAAUCAGCUGAAUAUGUCCAAAAUAAACUGCAGCAGUUAUUAUAUACUAUAGAAAAUUAUUAUGACAGUUUUAGCAUUUUGGAAAAGGAAAUGUGUGAUUUAGAUUUGCAAGGUGUGUUGUUUAGCAUCAUAGCUCUAGCUUCUACUCAAUAUGAUGAUGUCUCUAUUGGAAACAGAAUCAAGCUCGCUGCCAUAGAGAUUUUAGUUUAUUUAACCACUUUAGGCAAUAUCUUGGCCAAGACAAUUGCAAACAAGAAAAGUGUGGAGGUGAUUGCUGAUCAGCUUUAUAACUUGCAAGGGAGAGUGUAUAUAGCAAAGGUUUUUGAUGACGCAAAGUUGCAAGUACAAAAGAAAAUGAAACGAGAAUGGAUCCUCAUUGCUUUGGCCUUGGCACGAUCCAAACACUGUGAUAAGAGUCUCUUCCUGACAGAGAAAUGGAAUGGAAUUUUCAGAAGAUUUAAGGCCUAUGAAAAAGAUAAGUUUGAUUCAGAAAUGUCUUCAUUGAUAUUAGCAUAUAUACUGGAGGGAAAUACCUUUAUCAGUUAUAUCCAAGAAAGUGGAAUCUGCUAUGUUGACUUUGUCAAGCCUUUUCUGACACAUUCCAUUGUACAUGCUACAAUCAGUUUCCCCAGCAGCAGAGUCAAACUAGAAAUUAAGGCUUACUUUGAGGGACUAGCGCAGUUAGCAUCAAUUGAACAUGCUGCAGCUAAGAAGAUUAUUGGUGCCAAGUUAUCUCACCUGAAUGAAAUAGUUCUACAGUUGGAUGAUUCAAUAUUGCACCGUGCACAUUCAAUCUUUGUUAAAAAUAUUUUGACUCAAAACAUAUCAGAGAAACCAGAUUACUCUAUGUGUACUGACUCCACAGAAGAAAUCAAAUACGUGCAACAACUUCCUGUUGUCAGUGAAAAGUGGGAAAUCGAGUCAACAUCUUCAAGGCAAUAUUCUUGUUAUGAAAAAGAAAUAUCAGCCUACAUCCAAGUGGUUGAUGAAAGAUAUGCUGUACCAGCCUCGCAUGAAGAAAUACAAGUUUCUAGUGAUGAGUUGACUCAAGAUUUAUAUAACAAUGAACAAGCAAACACUGAUACAACUGAAGAAACAUCAUCUGAUAAUACUUAUCGUGAAGAAAAAGAUACAUCUUGUGAUACUUUAAGUACCACAGACAACGAGGGAAUAGAGGCUCAUUAUGAGGACAUUGAAUUCUCAUUGAAAAAAGAGGAUUCUGCAAGUGAUAGUUCUCAGCUUGGAGAGCCUUUGAAAUGUGAUAAAAAUGAAAAGUCUAAGAAAAUUCUCAAAGAUAGUGGCUUUAGCAGUGCUUUGCAAAGGGUCACUUUUGAUGGCCCCAGUUCUUCUAAACAAACUGAAACUUUAUAUGAUAGAGACAGCACCUUCAUCAACUAUGAUUCAUAUUCAGAUGAUGAUGAAGAGACUGAAGAUGCACUUUCAUUAUCAGAGAGAAACAUUGCCAGUGUUUUAAAAGAUCUUGAAGUCCCUAUUGAGGCAAUAAAAGUUUCAGAGGAAGGGAAAGAGAGCUACAGAAGUUUAUUGAAAGGAUUUAUGUCUCAUGAUAUUCAAGUAGCUGUGAAAGUGUUGAAGACAUCUUCAAUGUUUGGUUGUCCUAAUUUCAAGGAAGCUGUUCUACUAAAAACACUUCGACAUCCCAACAUUGUGCAGAUCCUAGGUGUAGUGACAACAAGUCCAUUUUAUAUUAUCAUGGAACUCCCUGAACUUGACAAUUUGAGCACAUUUCUGCAAACUGAAAAAGGACAGGGUAUGAAAAUCAACGAGAUUUCAAAUAUCAAUAUGCAGAUAGCUGGAGGUAUGGUAUAUCUUCAAGAAAAAAAAAUCAUUCACAGAGCUUUAACAUCACUCAAUAUUCUGAUUGGAAAAGAAAUUACUGUGAAAAUUUCUGAGUUUAGUCAAGCCAUUCUAUUGGGAAACAAACAGAAAAUAUACAAGUCCCCUCAAGGUUUACAUUUCCCAAAGAUUGUUACAGCUCCUGAAGCUCUAUGGAAAGGAAAAUUUAGUUUUAAGUCAGAUGUUUGGUCCUUUGGUGUUAUCAUUCACUCCACAGUAACACUUGGCAGAUGUCAACUUUCAGAGAAACAAGUUGAAUGUCAUUUUAGUAACCAGUGUGUUUCCAAGAAAAGGACUAAUGUGCCAAUUGAAGUACCAACAGCCUAUUUAAAGAUAAUGUCACAAUGUUGUGACCCAUUGCCAGACAAGAGACCAAGCUUCCACAGAUUAAAACAGUUUUUUGAAGCCUUGCAAAAUUAGCUGACAAGAAAUAGAAUUUGUUGAUUUUCUUUGGAGCUCAGACAAACCACAAGCUUCUCUACAUUCGAGAUGAACAUGAAAACUUACCUGUGCAAAACUUGUAUUUUUUUUAUGUCUUUUCAGCUCUUAUUUUUACAAUACAAUUAUUUAACGUAUUCGUGGAAAUUUCUGGGUGGACAUGGAUGUCAUAAACAGCUCAAAUGAUUUGCCUUGAAUUUUGACAGUUGAUGUUUAGUGCUGGGAAAAGAAUAACAAGCCACACUGGGAAAUUUCUAGUUUAUAAUUUUUUAAAGAAUAAAAAUAAAUUAAUUAAAACUUUGCAUUUUAUCUUAUACAAUAUAAUGCAGACGUUACUUCAAAAAAGAAGAUGAUUACGCCCUACGCGUCUUGCAUUCAGUCAUGCAUGAAUUUAUCUGGAACAAAUAUAUGUUUUUGGGUAUUUCCACAUGUUGGCCCCUUUCAUUAUAGAGUUUAAUAAAGUUGUAAUGUUCAGAAACAUUUCGCGCAUCCUCUUCUAAGUCUAGAACUUAAAGUCUAUCAUAGGAAUAUUAUAAAGUCUUGUAGAUGUACACAUUCGCUUAACAAGAAUUCUUCUAAUUUUUUAAAAAUCUAUUUAUUGUUUGUUAUUAAGAGCAAAAAUGAAGUUGUAUGAAGGAGGUAUAGUGUUUUUUAAAAAAAAAUACUUUUGUGUUGUUGCUUUUUUUGGUACACAGUGCAUUGGCCUACAUUGUGUUUUUAAACAGUGCCAUAUAAAAACAUUUUUUACUCUUAUUAUUAAUGUAAUUAUUUUUUUUUUUUACUUCUGUAUAAACUUAGAAUCUAACUUUGAAAUUAAAUUGUUAUCAUCAUCAGUCCCUUAAUUAACAUUGUCGGGGUUCAGGUGACCUGAUCCCUUGAAUCUUCCUGGUCAGAAAGAGGCGGUCCAUUCUUUCACAUUGUCCAGCCGUUCCCUCCACUGACGUAUAACCUCUGCAGGUAUAAUGCUGUUCAUAAAAUGAACAUGGGAAACAUGUUCAACAGGUUUAGUGUUGGUUCAACACGUCCAAGUUAUGUUUUGUUGUUGUUGUUUUUUAUUUGUUUUUGUUGAUUAGACAAGUUUAAUUUAUAACUUGUCUAAGUAUUUUUUUGUUUUUAAAAUGCUGUGACGAUCACAUUUAAUUACUGUUCUGAUUUUAUAAAUGCAACUGAAUAGCGCCCACUAGAAAAUACUGUUAAAUGAGCUAAUUAUAUUUUAAUAUUGUUGGCUCAAUAAAAUUGACCCAAGAAUUGUAUUUUCCCAUCCAUUCUAUUAUUCUCCCUUUCUCUGCUUACUUGUCUGCCCCCUCACAUCUUUGUUUUUUUUUUUAAGUCAUUUUCUCUCCAUCUCUUAUUUUAUAAUUUGUAUCUUCCACCGAACUUGUUCUCUUUCUUUCCUAAUUGACGAUACCAUCGUUAAUUUUACCUCAUUCUGCAGCCUAAGGAACAAUAUUAUUGUUAAUGCUUAAAAGUCAGUUGUUUGCUUUCUUUCCUCCCAAAAUGUUUUUGCUUAUUAAAAUUUAAUCUUGAAUAGUUUGCCUUUGGAAAACAUAGAUUUUUUAAAAUUUUCAAUGUCUUUUUACCAUAAACAAUGUUUUUUUUAAAGAGGUGGGGGUUAAAAAAGGCUAUAUUUCUAUAUUGCUUUCACAUCUUAUAAAUCAUUGUUUUUAUUUGUUACAACAAAAUGUGUUCUAUAUGUUCAAUUCCAAAUCAGAUUCCUGUCGGUUCCAAACUGGUUUUUAGGUAAAUUGAUCACUUUAUAUCUGUGUAUCUUUUACCAUCUUGUAUAACUUUGUAUUCUUUACCAACCACAUGACUCCCUUGUUAACCAUGUGCCACAGAAACAGAUGACCUUUACAUCAUCUGCCCUAAAGAUCACAAGGUCUGAAAGGGUAUACUUAUAGACAGCUAUUCAAUUUGCAUACAUGUAGGUUUUUUUGUCAUCUGCCCUAUAGAUCACAAGGUCUGAAAGGAUAUACUUAUAGACAGCUAUUCAAUUUGCAUACAUGUAGGUUUUUUUGUCAUCUGCCCUAUAGAUCACAAGGUCUGAAAGGGUAUACUUAUAGACAGCCAUUCAAUUUGCAUACAUGUAGGUUUUUUUGUCAUCUGCCCUAUAGAUCACAAGGUCUGAAAGGAUAUACUUAUAGACAGCCAUUCAAUUUGCAUACAUGUAGGGUUUUUUUUUGUCUUCUUAUAUGUCUUUAUUUGUCUACAAUUGUGAACUUAGUAACUAGUUAAUUUGACCUAACUAAAGAAGGGUUCUAGAUUUAUUAUAUUCAGAGAUUGGUUAACCUAUUAAUAAACUUUAAAAUUUGUAUGACUUGCAUUAUUACAUCUUAGUGCUGUUAGUUCAGAAAUAUGAAAAGUAAAAAUCAUUUUUAUUGUUGCAUUUUGUCUGGUACUAUGUAAUCUAAACUAAAUUGAUUACACAUUAACUGGCGUACCAUUGACAUGAUCUUUGUGGCAAGGCAGCUCCAGGAAAAACGCCAAGAACAAAAUGCUGACCUCUUCUCAAUAUAUGUUGACCUAACAAAGGCAUUCGACACUGUUAGCAGAGAUGGACUCUGGUAUUAUGUCAAAGUAUGGCUGUCCACGAAAAUUCAUAACCAUGGUGAGACUAUUUCAUGAUGGCAUGAAGGCUCGUGUCCAAGAAAGUGGAGAACCAUCAGAGCCCUUCGAUGUAUCAAACGGGGUAAAACAAGGCUGUGUCCUAGCAUCUACACCGUUCAGUAUCAUGUUCUCUGCUAUGCUGACAGAUGCAUUCACAGAUAGAGAAAACAUCGGGAUAAAUAUAACAUACAGAUUUGAUGGUGGCCUAUUCAACCCGAGGCAGCUCAAAGCAAAAUCAAAAACAAAUUUCAGCAGUAAUCAGGGACUUGCUAUUUGCUGACCACUUCGCCCUAAAAGCCUCAAUAGUAUUAGUUUAUCAAAAACCAAACUAUUUUUUAUAAUGACUGUUUACUAUAUAGAGUGUUGCCGCUAGUAUAAGUUGACAAUAUAUUUGUAUAAGCUGAAUUCUGUUCAUUAGACCAAUUGUUGUUUUAUCUUUUCUUAUUUCCUCUUUUUUAUAAUGUUUUUUUAAAAUAUAAUGUUACUGUUGAGAUUUUAUAAAAUGUAACCAAAAAUUUAAAAAAAUAUAUAUAUAUUUUCUUAAAUAUUUUUAUUUUUUUAGAAAAAAAAAUCUAAAAUAAAAUAUUCACACUUAAAUCUC